UUGUAAUUAAACACGAAACCAAAAAAAAAAAAUUACAAGUACAAAUAACCAUUAGGGUUUUCUAGAGGUUGCAAAAUGGGAAUUAUUUCUGGCAAAGCCUGUGUUGUUCUUAUUUUAUGCUUUGCCGGCCUCGCAUAUUGCGGGCUUUCUGAGAAAUUAAUCAAUGUCUUGGAUUUUGGAGCCAAAUCCGAUCCCAAGUUCGAAAGCACUGAGGCAUUCAUGCACGCAUGGCAAGCAACAUGCAAGUCAAAGGAGCAGGCGAGGCUGGUGGUGCCACAAGGGCAAUUCUUGGUGUCGACCAUGUUCUUUGCAGGGCCAUGCUUGACCCCUGAUCCUGUCACUAUUCAAGUGGAAGGCACCAUUUUGGCUUCCACUGAUCCUUCUGAUUAUGUCAAUGCUGAUUGGUUGAUCUUCCAAGACCUUACUGGUGUUAGCCUCCUUGGUGGUGGCACUUUUGAUGCCCAGGGCAAGCUCAUGUGGCCUUCCACAUUCGAUUGCGACUACAAGCCUUUCUCUGACUGCGUCAGGCUCCCCAGUACCUUUCAAUUCAACAACGUGAAGGAUGGAGUUAUAGAGAACAUCACGUCGGCGAAUGCGAUGGGGUUGGACCUGUACGUGAUGAAAUCCUCGAACCUGACAUUAAAAUCAGUGAAAGUGGUUGCACCUGCUGAGAGCCCAAAUAAUGAAUCCAUUCGUAUUGAGGAUUGCAGCAACGUUGUCAUCUCCGAAACCACAAUCCAACAUGGCAACGACUGUUCUUCUGUGGUCAAACAACCCAACGAUGCUGCUUUUGCCAAAUCCAAGUGCAGUCCUUGAUUCUGCAGCCUCUAUUACUUUUUAAUUCUCCUCCUCGAGACUCUUCUAUUCUAGAGUAACCAAAUUGCUAUGUAUACACAUUGCCUGAUUUGUCAAGGAGCCAUUUAUUAUA